AUGGCUACUGCCCUGCACAACAUAGGCACAGUUAAAGGAAGAACAUCCCUUUACCAAAACCGCUUCUCCACCCUACAAGACCUCGAAGAGUUUCCGCCGCUGGAAAACACCGGCAGUACCAAGAAGGGCCCCACCGGCACCAACUGCACGACAUACAAACAGGAUCUACCAAACGCCAAUGCCAACAUGGCCAAGAGAACGUCUUCAACGAACAAGACAUCGAUCGAAGCCAAAGAAAAUCAAUUAAAGGAACUUGAAAGACGUGUGGCCCAGCUCAAAGUGGAAAUUGAAAACGACAAACAAGAAGAAGAACGUGCCAAGCAACGCAGACAAACAGAACUGGAAAAAAAGAAGCAAGAUGCGAUCAAGAAGAGUGUUGAACAAACGAUGGUGCUAAUUCCCUCCUUCACAAAGAACCCAACACCGUCAGAAAACCCGCCGAUCUGUGCGGUUACCCAAGCUACCCAAAGCGGGAAUUGGGAAGAGAAAGUGCUGCGCUUCGUAGAAACACAAGCUCAGCAAACGCAACAAACACAGCAAAUGCUACACCAACAAAUUCAGCAACAAAUACAGCAGCAGCAACAGAUGCAGCAGAUGAUGCAGCAAUUUCAAAUCAUGUUUAUGCAGUUCCAGAAAUCGCAAGUACAACAAUGCAGCGUAGAGGGUACCUCCCCUUAG